GCCGAGUAGAUCCGAUUGAAGAGCACACCUGAAGUGUCUAUUAAUAGUUAGCAACAUCAUCACAGAAUUUUAGAAAUUUAUAAAACCAUAAUGUGUACAAUACAUUGAUUUGAGGCAUUUUUUCUGCAAAUUUUUCCUAUACAAGAAUGAGACCAUUGAUGUUAAUCUGCUAAUAAGAAAGAAUUGUUAGUGAGAGCUUUGUCGACAAAGAUUUAGAUUCACCAUGACAAAACUUGAUACAGAAUUCCAGCUUCUUCUCUCAAAAAUCAGUGAUAAUUUGACCUCAGAGGAUGUCAAAAGUUUGAGAUUUUUGUUAAAAGCUGAGAAUAAAAUUCCAGUUCAAAAUCUAGAUGCAGCAACAUCAGGGGAAGACAUUUUCCAUUUAAUGACAAAACAUGGCCUUUUGUCAAAAACAAAGACAGACCUAUUGAUAAAUUUUUUGAAAGAAAAGAACUUGCAGCCACUUGUAAAUGAGCUGGAGAAAUUUAAAACAGAAAAUGAAGAAGAACUGUCACAACCAGUGGAAGGUCCCUGUAAUAUACAAGAAGACAUGGUUGUGGAACAUUUUAUGGAAACCACCAAGUUAGUAGAGCUGACAUCUAAAAUGGAAAUGGAAAACUUUGCUGUCCUUUCAGGUUUAACUGGAUGUGGGAAAACCCAGUUGGCCUUGUCCUUUGCCUGUAAUUUUCAUAAAGACCAUGUAAAAAGCAUUUGUUGGAAGAUAUUUUGUAAGGAUGAGAUAACAUUAAUGAACUCUUUGAAGAAACUAGCAGAUAAAUUAGGUCUUGAGAAAGAGAGUACACAGAAGGAAAAUAUUGAUAACGAGGAUUCUCUGGAUGAACUACGAAAAUUAAUUCAAAAAGAAUUGCUUAAAAAUAAUGAUGGUCCAAAUUUGAUCAUAUUGGACUAUGUCACAGAGGAAACAAAAAUUCAAUGUCAGAAAUUGAAAGACGCUCUUUUGAAACUGAAUGUGAAAGUAAUUGUAACAACUUGGGAUUCAACAUUUUGUGACACAGAAAACAUCAUCAUAGUCAAUGGCUUCUCAGAAGACGAAGCAGUUGUGUUUUUACAAAACAAGAAGAAAGAACUGAAUUCAAAAGAGGAAAAAAGUUAUAGAGAGUUGGCACAAAUGCUAGGUAACCAUCCAUUAUUACUGUAUGGAGCAAGGAGUUGUAUGGCUUCGUCAAAUCAAACACCGAAGAAAUUCAUCAAAUAUUUACGAGGAAGCAAAUCGUCUGAAAUGGAUAAGUUUGUAAGAUCCGUAUCCAGAAAUGGAGAAGUCUUUAAAAUAUUGCAGGAAUAUUUAGAAAUCUUAAAGAAUGAUUAUGGAGAAGAUGUUUUUGAUAUGGUGCAAGCCUUGCAAUUUUUUGCUCUGGAAGAUAUACCUGUCCUUCUGUUUGAUUUCUUUCCUACAAGAAAACAGAAUCAUCAAGGAUUCAACACUACAAACUUCAUUCAAGCCAUCAAAAAGUUUUCAUUUGGUAUCGUGAGGGGAGUUGAUGAUGACCGAUUUAUUACAACACACUUAGCUGUUGUGAAAACUAUAGAAGAGUCGAUGUCAGAUGAAGAAAAAGCUAAACUUAUCAAAAAUAUCUUGACAGCUUUGAUGUGGCUUAUGGACAAAGAUAAUUAUAAUGCAAAUGAUUAUGACAGGAAUUAUCGUCUGCUACCCCAUGCUAUAUCAGUAUUACAACAUGUUAAAAAAUUGCGAGCAGAAAAUCUGAAUCUCUUGUGUGAUUUUGAAUCAAAUGUGCUCUUGGCUUAUGUGUAUGACAUAGUUGGGUACACAUACAAUUUUUUCGGAAUUUUGAAAAAUGCCGGGGAACAUUCAACAGCUGCCAAAGAAGCAUGUUUUGCCAUAAUAGGUAUAUCAGAAGAAGAAAUUGAAAAACAGGUCAUGCAAAGAUGCUGUCGUGACGACCAUCAUAGAACAUGGGAAAAAUUUGCAGAAGAGGAAGCAGUCAUUAUAUUUAAACAAAUUAAAGUUCAGAUUGGUGAUGAUGACAAAAAUGCACUUUUGUGCAAAAUGGCAAAACAGUUUGCAUUGAACAAAUAUAGGGGUCAAGAUCACAUAAAAAAACUUGAAGAAUAUUUAGAAGAUGAACUUGAAGAAGAGUAUCGUUUGACAGAAAGAGAAUAUAAAGACCUUUGUAAACAACAUCUUGCGUUGCCAGAAGAUCAGAUUGGGGGCAUAUUUUUAUUUGAACUUGUAUUACAAGUUUUUUAUACAUAUGGAAGGAGAAUUUUCUAUUUGGGUGAUGCUUUUGAGAAAGAUUUGGCAAGGUCCUUUACUCAUUCUUUGUUUUUGGCAAAGGCAUUAGGUCAAAGAAUUGCCAGUGAAUAUCCAGAGUGGAAGGUUCUCUAUGUCAUGCUUACAGAACUUAGUGGAACCUUGCAGCUAAGAUUUGAAGACAAAGCAGAUCUUCAACUUAAAACAUUGGAAAAUCUUGAAGAUGCAGCUGAACGGUUUAAGAGAUUAUUAGAAUACAAUUCUGAAAACUUUAAUUAUGGAGUAAUAAAAUCUGGACCAGAAAAUGCACAGCAUGUGCAUAUUUGCUGCAAACGUUUGGUGAAGUGUUACACUAGCAUGACCGAGAUAACAUCAGACGAAGCAAAAUUGAAAGAAAUACAUGAAAAGGGUGACAAAUACAAAGACAUGCUGAAUAUUACACAGUCUUCAUGUAGAGCUGUCACAGCUGCGAAUUUAAGAAUGGCAGAAUUUUCCUUACGUCGGGGAAACUACGAAGAUGCUGAAAUGAGAUUUAAAGUUGUUGCGCCAGAGGAUAUGAUAGAAUAUGAUCAGGAGAUUAAAUCAGCAAAAUUCACUCACCAUGAACUUAAAGCUCUAAAGGGACUAGCUAAAUGUUAUUCAUUAAGUGGUCAAACAGAAUCCGCCAAAACACUAGCCAAUAGAAUACAGAUCAGACUAGGAUUGGCCAAGGAAUAUGAAGAAUUAGGACAUUUUAAUAAUUUAAUGCAGAAGUUGGGAUUGUCUUCUGUAGUAAAGUCAAAAUAAGGAAAAUAGCUAGGAAUUUGUAUUUCUGAAAUUUACCAUGUAAAGGAACCUAUUUUUAAGUUUUCUAAUGUUCAUAUUUUGUUUUUGUUGCAAGUAAGAACAUUUUGUCUGACUGAAGGCCAAAUUUUCUUCAUAAUGGUGUGUUUCAUGCCAAAAUUUUACAUUUAUUAAAUGCUUUUAUAUGAAAAAAAACUAGGUUUUUUUAGGGUAAAAAUUGAAUGAAAUGCAAUAAAAAUAUAUAUGUUAAUGCCUUGAUAUCUUUUGAUACUUUGAUAUUUUUGAAUUUUUGUAACAAAGAUCUUUUUUCAAUCAAAUGAUAAAAGUGGAAAAUAGCUAGGAAUUGUAAAUAUUCUGUGUCGUAUUUCUGAAAUUUACCAUGUUAUGGAACCUGUUGUUAUGUCUAAUGUUUGUUUUUUGUUUUUUUUGUUGCAAGCAAGAAUUUUUUUUUGGCUGAAGGCUAUUUUUUCUUUAUAUGAGUAUGUUUCAUGCCAAUAUUUUUCAUUUAUUAAAUGCUUGUAUAUUCAGGAAAACUAGUUUUUUUAGGGUAAAGAUUGCAUGAAAUGGAAUAAAACCCUUUAAAUGUUACUGCCUUGAUAUCUUUUGAUAUUUUGAUAUUUUUGCCUUUUAUUUGCAAAGGUUUUUUACAACCAAAUAGAUAAAAGAGGAUAUUCUGCAUCAUAUUUCUGAUAUUUUUCCAAUUAUUGGAUUUUUUUUAUCAUGUUUAUGUUUAAUGUUAUUAUUAUACCCCUGCUCUGAAGGAGGGGAAUGUAAUUAGCUCACCUUUCCGAAAAGGAAAUGUGAGCUUUUGCCAUCACUUGGCGUCCUCCGUCGUCAGUCCGGUGUAAACUAUUUCAAAGAUCUUCUCCUCUGAAACUACUGAACCAAUUUCAAACAAACUUAAGCUGAAUGAUCCUUAGGGUAUCUAGUAUAAAGUUUUUGUUUUAUUUUCUGUUUCGUCAAGAAACAUGGCUGCCAUGGAUAAAAAUAGAACAUAGGGGUAAAAUGCAGAUUUUGGCUUAUAUCUCAAAAACUAAAGCAUUUUUAGCAAAUCUGACAUGGGGUAAAAGUGUUCAUUAGGACAGAACUACCUGCACUGAAAUUUUUUUUAUACCCUGUCUCUGAAGGAGUGGAUAUACUAUUCUGUAAGUAUGCCAGUCCCAUAAAAUUUCGGUCACAUUUUUCUCAGGGACUACAAACUAGAGCUUCUAGAAAUUUGGUAUAAAGCUUCAUGUGAGUCUGUAUUACUGUAUCAUGCAUUUCAAAAUGUAUCACUUAUUAACUUCCUGUUUACUGAAUAUAUUCUUACACAUAAUAUUAUGGCCAUGUAUGAAAUUUUGAAUGAUUUCAACUACAAAUCAAGGCUUUCUGAAAUUUGAAGCAAGAUUCUUUUGAGCAUUCUUUUGACUUUAAUUAUUUAUCCCUUGUAAUUUUUUAUUAACUGUGUAUUUGCAUACAGGUGUCACAGGUCAAAUUUAUUCGUUCAUUGUGUGUUAAUUUACGCUUUUUGAUUGAGUUAAGCCUUCCAAUUGAUAUUUUAUAGUGUGUUUUUCUAUGUUGUGAUGUUAAACUAUUGUUUCAGAAAAGGGAGAAGGUUUGGUACCAUUAAAAUUUUAAUCCCGUUGCAAAUGUUUGCACCUGUCCUAAGUCAGGAAUCUGAUUACAGUAGUUGUCGUCUGUUUAUGUAGUUCAUAUGUGUUUCUUGUUUCUCGUUUUUAUAUAGAUUAGACCAUUGGUUUUUCCGUUUGAAUGGUUUUACACUAGUAAUUUUUUGGGGCGAUUUAUAGCUUGCUGUUCGGUGUGAGCUAAUGCUCCGUGUUGAAGGCCGUACCUUGACCUAUAAUGGUUUACUUUUAUAAAUUGUAACUUGGAUGGAGAGUUGUCUCAUUGGCACUCAUACCACAUCUUCCUAUAUCUAUGAUAUAUUACAAAGAAGCAGAUCCAGGAAUUUUAAAAGGGGCAUAAUUUCAAAAAUAAAAGUAUAUAUGGUAAUUAUAUGGUAUAAUAUAUAUACUGACAAUUGGAGUGAGGCCAAAAUAUUUUUGGAAGCUUUUAUGCAAAAAAAAUAAAAAUUUCCGAACAAAGGAGGGGUAUGGCCUCUAUGCACCCCUAAAUCCACCAUUGCUAUAUGAUGCAUAUUUCCACAUCCGUCACCUAUCGGCUUCUUGUUCAAGGAAUACUUAUAGUCAUGUAUCAUUAUUGAUCCAGACCCUCAAAUAUGUUUACGAAAUAAUUCCUUCAUGUCAUUCUCUAUGCUCAUUUCAACAUGGGUAGGCAUUAUAUUUGUCGCUAUUUUACACUUUGCGUUUAGAAGGUGUAAAAUAUGGUCAAAUAUAAUGCCUACCCAUGUUAAAAUGAGCAUAGAGCAUGACAUGAAGGAAUUAUUUCGAUUCUAAUAGAAAAAAUACGGUUAUUUUUAUAGGUCAAAGCAUACGAAAAUACCUUUAGGAAUGUUUGGCUAGUCCCAUUUUCUCUCCAUUAAUUGUGUACAUUACAUUUUCAUAUUUGAUAAGAUUAAAAGCUAAUAGCAGGGUAAAUGUAUGAUGUUUUAAUAACAAUAUAUAUAUAUAUACAUAAUCAAAUUUUAUUUAAGCAGAUAAAAAAAAAGAUAAAUAUAUAAAUUAUAUAUUUUAUUAGGAUAAAAAUGAAAAUAACGAGAAUGUGAACAGUAAAUUUGUGCGCAUGUGUCAAAUAUAUUUGGUGCUAAAUAGAACAUAUUUGUUUAAAAAGGGUAAUAAGGAUGUCAUAUUAGAAUUGAUGAUUAAUACUGGCCAAUCAGAGUGACAGUUGUUAUUGAAAUAAAAAAAUGAAUAACAUUAAGACGUUUAUAAUUAUAAUGUGCAAUUAUGUAGUCUGCUUGGACUAGACAUUUAUUAAACAAUCCUUCUCAAUUAAAUCAUGGAUUCAUUCAAACAAUCAAGAUGGCUGCCUCAACGCAAAUAAAAGAACUUUUUUUUCUGCUUUUAGAAAUAUGGAUUGGUGGACAGUUAUUUUUAUUUUUUUAUGUAAUUUUUCUUUCAUUGCAUUUUAUAUAGUGUAAGACAUUUUUCUGAUUUGUGUUGGGGUUUAGUUAUAUAGAUGUUUGUUUUUUUAUGAAACUACUGUAUUCCAUUGUGUAUAUAUAAUCAAUGAUAAUUAUUGAUAAAUAUUUUUAUAAACUUUUAGGUUUAGAUGUGCCAUACGUUAGUUUUUGUGUUUUAUAAACUUUUAAGUUUAGAUGUGCCAUACGUUAGUAUUUGUAUCUUAUAAAUUUAAUAAACUGCAGAUAUCUUUUGAUAAUUGA